UAUUGACUUCACAUGAAUGUGGUCUGGCGACUUUAGCGGAAAGGGAGAGGCAGAUGGAUGCUGUAUAAAAGCCCAAUAAUCUAUGAAUCUGAAUCUAACAUCAGACCACAACACAGCUGCAUAUCAUGGACGAGUUCAAGGUUCGAACUUUCGACCUGCAAAAGGUGCAAAACCAGACCCGCCACAAGACUGACGGUCUGAGUUCCAGCACUCUGGUUCUGCGGAGAGGACAGGCCUUUACAGUGACAAUCAACUAUGAUGGACGACCAUUCAAUCCAUUGAAGGAAAAACUGAUCUUCCAAAUUGUUCUAGGUCCGAUUGUUGUGGAGGUCCCAAUCUCAAAGAUUGCACAGCCCUCUCUGACUCAGUGGACUGCAGCUUUGGAGAGGAGCGUCCCGAAUCCGUCUGGACCCCGAGCUCUUUCAGUAUCACUGUCCAGCCCUGCGUCUGCUUCUGUCGGCGUCUACACGCUUCAGAUGAGACUCGAGGCCCGCUUGAAUGUGAAAACACACUCUGUCGGCCAGUUCACGCUCCUCUGCAACCCCUGGUGCCAAGCUGAUUCGGUGUUCCUGCAGUCGGAGGAUCUGAGGACCGAAUAUGUCAAGAGUGAUAUCGGCCUGCUGUUUAAAGGCAGCCCCAGGAACCUCGUCUCCAGGCCCUGGUCGUUUGAUCAGUAUGAAAAAGGCAUACUGGACAUCUGUAUGAAAUUGCUGCAGCUGAGUCCUCAAUAUCAAGCGGAUAUGAGAAAAGAUCUGCAGAACCGCAGCGAUCCGGUUUACAUCGGCCGCGUGAUCUCAGCGAUGGUGAACUCUAAUGAUGAUAAAGGAGUGUUAUCUGGAAAUUGGUCAGGUGACUACAGCGGUGGCGUCAACCCUUCAAAGUGGUCCGGCAGCGCAGAUAUUCUCAGGAAGUGGGCAGAAACACAAUUCAGGCCUGUGAAAUACGGACAGUGCUGGGUGUUUGCUGCUGUCAUGUGUACAGUAAUGAGAGCCCUUGGCAUUCCAACAAGAGUCAUCACCAACUUCAACUCCGCUCACGACACAAACAAAAAUAUGGUGAUCGAGGAAUAUUACAAUGAGGAGGGGGAAAAACUGUCCAUCGGCAGCGAUAGCAUCUGGAACUUCCAUGUGUGGGUGGAGAGUUGGAUGAAGAGGCCUGAUCUGGGUCGAGGUUAUGACGGAUGGCAGGUUCUCGACGCCACGCCACAAGAGAGGAGCGCAGGAAUGCUCCGCUGUGGUCCUGCUGCUGUUAAAGCCGUUUAUGAGCAGAAGGUGGACGCGCAAUACGACGUGCCGUUUGUUUACGCAGAAGUGAAUGGGGAUGUACAUAUCAUAAUCGUCAGAGAUGGGAGGGUGUUAUCAAAAACGGUCGAUAAACGCAGAGUUGGAGCCCUGAUCUCCACCAAACAACCAGGAUCCAUGAGUAUGCAGGACAUCACGUCUGAAUACAAAACUGAGAGGGUUGAAUUUAUAUCUCGUGCACCAGGCAUUGCUGAUGGUGGAGGUGCUGAAUUAGCUGGAAUUGCUGAAGGUGCUGGAGGUGCUGGAAGAUACAGUAUUCAACCUGCAGCUGCUGUGGAAAGAGAGGUUUUUAAGGCUGUUGCAGUUUCUCUCAAGCUUCUGAAAGCCCCUGUAGUCGGAGAAAACAUUUCUUUCAACAUCACAAUCACUAACAAUGAGGCCGCUCCGAAACAGCUGAAAAAACACGUGAACGCUCAGAACAAGGAGUACAACCGCAAUCCCACUGGAACCUUCUGGGAGGCUCACGACGACGUGAAGAUCGGCCCGAAUGAAACUGUGACUACAAAACAUGAGAUCUCCUUCAAGGAGUACAUGCUGAAGGAGGCUGCGGAGGAUUCUCUGGUAAACCUGGCCGUGGUUGUUGAGGAUGUGAAGUCUCAGGAGAGAGUUCUGGCUUCAGAGGAGUUCAACAUCCGCACCCCUACCCUCGAUGUACAGAUUCAAAAUGAGUUAUCGGUCAUCAUUAACAAGCCACAAGUGGCCACGGUGACCUUCACGAACCCGUUCAACGUUGCAGUGAGCGGCGAACUGACCGUAUCCGGUUCAGGACUCUUGGAGGAGAAGGCUCAAAUGAGCCUUACAAUCCAGCCUCGAGAAACCAUAAAGAAGCCCGUCAGUUUCACUCCCAAGAUGGCGGGUGCCAAGAUGCUUUCUGCUAGUUUAGUGUUGGAGGAUCCUCCCACCGUCCUGCACGGAUUCAAGACCAUCAAUGUUCAAGCAUCUUAGAGUCAAACACCUUCAGAAAUGAUUGUGCACCCUCAUGAAGUGGUUGAAACACAUUUAGAAAUGAUUGCUUUUUAAUUUUAAUGUCACUAUAAAAAAUAGUUUUGACUUGAUUCACUCUGAAUUGUGUAUUGAAUAUUAUUUUGGCACAAGCCUGAAAAUAAAGUAUAUUUCUUAACA